ACUCUUUAAACCCUAAAAGCAAAACAUCAUUUAUUCCUUCUUUCUCAUCUCGACGACUCCAAUAUUUCUUAGGUUUCGUUCUCCACCACCGUACCACCACCGCAACCACCUCUCUAGCCAUGGGUACUGAAACCCUAAAACCAGUAACAAAAAUAAUCCAACACCUAGCUUCUUGCAACAAAUCAACAAGAGAUAAAGCAAUCAAGCUUCUAAAAUCAUGGUUCCCGUCACAACCAGAAAUAUCAGAUGAGCAAAUGAGGAAAAUCUGGAAAGGAUUAUUCUACUGCGUAUGGCAUUCAGAUAAACAACAAGUUCAAUUAGAACUUAUUAACAACCUCUCAUCAUUACUGGUAACUUUUGAUGAUCUUAAUCUCUCUGUUCAAUAUUUCGAGGUUUUCUUGGUUACUAUGCGUCGUGAAUGGAGUGGGAUUGAUUAUUUGAGAUUAGAUAAGUUUUAUCUGUUGAUUCGUAAGUUUCUGUAUCAGUUUUUUAAUCUUUUGAAAAAGAAUGGGUGGGAUAUCGAGGUAAUGGAGAGGUUAAUGGGUGUUUUGGAAGUGAAAACUUUGUUUAGUGCUGAUGGGUAUCCUGCACAUGGUGUGAAUUAUCAUAUUUGUGAGAUCUUUUUUGAAGAGUUGAAGGCUUUUAUACCUCUUAGUCUGGAUGUUUUUAAAUUUGAUGUGUUGGUGAAACCGUUUCUUUUAGUGUUGAAGAAAUCUACUGAUAAGAUUUUGUUGAAUAAGAUUAGAACUGGUAUGUUUGAGUUUUUGCUUAGACAUGGAAAGAAACUUUUGGAAUUUAAGAAAUCCAAUGGUUCGUCAGAGAAUGUGGAGGCUGAAGUUGAGUUUUUUGGUACUAUUGCAUUGACAUUUAGUCUUUCGGCUAAAUUAUUUGCUUUAGGUUCUUCGGAAGAUUGUCUUCAAGGGAAUAGGAAAGUUUUGUUCGGUUUGCAUGAGAAUUUUGAAAAGUUGGAGAAGGAGUUGGCUAAUUCAAAGGUUAAAAUUGGUGCUUUUGUGGUCAAAAAAGGUGUGGAUGAUGAUGAGGAAAUUCCUGAUUUGGUUCCGAUUACUGGCCUUAAAGUUGGUUACGAUGAAGUUAUGGCGGAACAGGCUGAAGUUGAUAUAAAUGGAUCAGCGGAUAAGUCUUCUAAGAAAAAGGGAAAGAAGGCGAAGAAAGAUUCUAGUGGAAAAAGGGAGCAGGCUGAAGUUAUGGCGGAACAGGCUGAAGUUGAUAUAAAUGGAUCAGCGGAUAAGUCUUCUAAGAAAAAGGGAAAGAAGGCGAAGAAAGAUUCUAGUGGAGAGGGUAAGAAAGAUUCCAGUGGAGAGGGUAAGAAAGAUUCCAGUGGAGAGGGUAAGAAAGAUUCUAGCGGAGGUAAAAAUUCGAAGAAGAGUAAGAAGGGGUCAUCUGGUAAAGAUGCAAACGAGAAUGAAGGUACAAGGGACACUUCUAGUAGCAUUAUAGAUUUUAAUGAAACUGUAAUCUCUAAUUUGCAAAUGCAGUUUGAGAAGGUUGCUGCUGAAGUGGGUAUGGAUUUGAUUGAUACAAGCUCUGAAGUUCUACCUACCUUGCCCAUCAAUGGUACUGUUUCGAAGAAGAGAAAGAGAGCAAGGAGUGCUGACAGGAUGAGCUCACUCGGUAAAGAUGUUAGUGGGGGUGGUUUAACUGAGAAGAGUGGAGAGAAGAGCGCUAAGAAGGUCAGGUUUUCCAUGAAGAGCAACAUAGUGUGGAAACCCCAGACUCCUUUACCUCCACAAAGUUUGAGAUUACCGCCAUCUGCGACUCCCAGAGGCAGUGCUCUAAAGAAGGGGUUAUCUCCAGGUCCAAUUAGGGAGAGUGCUCUUGUCCCCAAAAUGGUGAAUCAGAGGCCUAGUACUGUGAAGAAGGUGCGAAAGUCUCCGAAAGGUGCCGCUCCAACUGUGAAACGAUUGAGGAAGAUGAGAUUCUGAUUCAUGCUUUAUAGUUUCAGCCACUGUUUCUGUGUUCCUGUGUAAUCUACUGAGGCAAAACUAUGUGUGAUGGAUGUUAUCUCAGCAGUGAUUCUUUCAUUAAACCAGAAAUAGGUAACACUCUUGAAGUUAGUUUAGUUCCGUUUCAUUUGAUAUUCAUUGUGCUACAUCAUUAUGCAAUCUUAUCAUGCUCCAUGGUUGAGAAAGCACAUAUUCAUGGUAGCUUAGUUCAAAUUAUUCCGUGUUCUAUUGUUGCGGUUCAUAUAUCUAUAUGCUUUUUUUUUU